AUGGCGCCCUCGCUGAAGUGUAUCUCUAUCAACUGCAAGGGCCUCAACAACCCACUAAAGCGCCACCAAACCAUGCGCUGGGCGAAUAGAACCCAAGCGCAAAUUAUCCUCCUCAGAAAUACGCCUUUUCCUCGAUCUACGCUCCUAAUGCACCUUCAGCCUCCUUUUGGCAGGCACUACAAACACACCUAGCACUAUUUUCCUCACACCACCUGAUUAUAGGAGGUGAUUGCAAUGCCACUCCAUCCCCAGCGAUGGAUAGGCACAGAGCGGGAACCCAAAAGAAAUCUAGCGUUCACUGAGCAAAAACCGACAAACUCCUUCAAUCCUUCCUCGUGCGAACUCGCCUCGUAGACGUAUGGAGAGCCCAACACCCAGCCUCUAGGGACUACACAUUUUACUCACACCCACACCAAUCCCACUCGCGCAUAGAUAUGUUCCUUACAUCCCCAUCCGUGGUACCUAUGCUCAAAUUCACAUCUAUUGGAUCAAUAACGUGGUCGGACCAUGCAGAUAUCUCACUCACUCUAGACCCACCAGGCGUAACCCGCCAAUGGUCCUGGCGCCUGAACCCCACACUGCUACAUAACCCUGCAAUCCGAGAAUCCACUUCCCGGGCCAUCACAGACUAUUUCUCCCUAAACAAACACUCCGUCACCUCCCCGGGUAUAUUAUGGGCGGCACACAAAACAGUCAUCAGAGGCACCUUGAUAAGCCAGACAGCCCACCACAAAAAACAGCGCUUAGCCAACUUAGAACAAAACCUAAAAGAACUCCGCUUACUGGAAAUCGCCUUCAAAAAACAACCCACGCCAGACCUGAACACUAAAAUACAACAACACCAGGCAGCUAUAAAAGACUUCAUGUCUGCGGACACAGCCAAGGCCCUCCAAUGGACCCGCCAGCUCUUUUAUGAAAAUUCUAAUAAAGCCGACUCUUUACUUGCCCGUAAACUCAACCGCAGAGCUAUGCACAAAAAAAUCCACUCGAGAGACGGGAAACCACAGGAGUCACCAGACCAAAUAGCAAAAGUAUUCCAAGAAUACUUUUCGGAGCUGUACGACCAUAGCCCCCAACACAGACAGGACCCCACUCCACUUACGAACACAAUCAAUGAAUACCUUGACUCUGUCACCCUACCCUCACUGA